AUGUUAACUGCGACCACCACUGCACUUAUCUACACGACCUACCCGGAUAGACACCCUUCGCGCCACUUAUAUCGCUCGGCCAUGCCUCUCAGUAUCGGUAUCGGAGAUGUGAUAGCGGUCGGCAAACUCAUCAAGGACAUCACUGACUGUCUGCGAUCUGUUGGUGGAGCAAAAUCAGAAUACCAGGAACUCACCAAGGAGCUUGAGGCGCUCAAGGCUGCCCUGGAUGGUCUGGACCAGCUCGACAGCAGUGCAGCCCCCUCGGCACUUCUUGACACAAUCAAGUUCGUCGCGGUGGACUGUCGCCAACGACUUGAAGUGUUCUGGGCGAAGAUCGAGAAAUACGAGUCGUCCCUAGGCUCCGCAAGCCGAUCCAACGCUCUGAGAGGUACCAUGGACAAGCUGGGCUGGACGUUUUGUUGUAAAGAAGAGGUUGUGCAACUUCAGAGAAACGUCCAAUGCUACAGCAAUGCCAUCAGCAUACUCAUGAUACGGCAUGUCGCAGAACAGGUGCAAGAUAUGAAGAAGUAUACAGAUGCAUUCCGUACACAGGUUGCUGAGCGAAUCCGUGAUACACAACAUACUCUCACAGACAUUGGCGAUGAUGUAUCUAGCCAAGGAGCUGUAGCGAGUAACGUUCAGACACUAGUCACUGGCCUGCAUCAGUUCAUGUUCGGCGAGGUCAGAUCAUUCCUGGUCGACUUCGGGCAGUUGGUGAACAAAGUCUUGUAUGUCCGUUCCCUUCGUGUACACUAG